AAGCAGAAAAGACGAUUGUAAAACCUAAACAUCAACUCUCGAAAUCAAGAUCCAAACAAUGCCAUAAAGAUAAAGUAAAGGAGCUCGAACAAGGCCAAAAACCCAAGAAAAGGUGGCCAAGGACUCAACAUUCAAUCGCACCCUUUUCUAGAAACAGUUUAGUUAGGAGUUAUGACUUGUACGAUGGUUCGGGCCUCUUAUGGAGCUCUAAACCAAUCCACUAUUUCUAGAAACAUCCUAGAUGAUCCAUCACCGUAUCUUCUUCUUCUUACAAGGGAACCAAAUAAAGAUAGUUCAGAUCAGUUGGCGCAUACUAUGCAGUCUUCAAUUCGUAGUUCCAAAACAGUUCCAGGGGCAAUUUUGCUGCUUGCACGGUGCUUCUAGAUUGCAAGUUAGACUCAUAAGGUUCAGCUAAGUCAGCAGAGAAUCCUUCUGUAGAACAAGGAUAUGAUCGAUAAUCCAAAUCAUAAUUCCUUGAAUUGGGUUGCUGAUUUGUUGAUCAUAAGGAAGGCCUGCACAUCGUUCAGGUGCGAAAAAACCAGGAACCGGUGGCAAAAGCGACUUGCGAUUGUAGUUGAAAGAUUGACAGGCAAAACAUUUUGAGGCUGCAAGUCUUCUGGGCGAUAUGGGGCUGAUUUCAUGCCUGGAAAAUUACGAACAGGUAUUAGCUAAUACCUUUAUGAGUUUGCUGGCUGUCGAGAGAAGUCUAAUUUUAUCUCAAGCCAACUAAAUAUUUCAUCCUGUGUGAUCUAAAUAUCAAGAUAGGUAUUCAUGGUUUGAGUUUAAGAGUAGUUUAUGAAAUUACCAUGUUCCAAGGCUCCCGAACACUCAUAAAUGAACAAGACUCUUACGAAACACCAAUUUUAAGUCUAAACAAAAAUGGAACCCACUGGUAUAAAACUGUAUACAUUUUGAACACCAAUCGAAAUACAAAUAUCCGAAUUCAUAAAAUAACUUAGUUAAUACAUUAUCAUAACUAAAACUAAUCAUAAAAAGGAUGAAGAAAAUGCAAAGUUUGAGUUAAAUUGUUAAUCUUAAUGCGGACUUGUAGUUGUAGGAGAGUACAGACCAGAGAAAGCCUUGAUUGAUCAAUUGAAAAGCAAUUAUACACCAAAUAGGGUUGAAUGAGAAGUUCAUACUUCAUUCGAAACGAUGUUGAAUUGUCUGAGAAGCGCCUCUUGCAUAUGAUUAAUCAUCAAAUAGAUCUAUUAAAAACAUAAAGAAAAAGAAGUUAUCAAACCAUAGUCAAAAAAACAUGAAAAGUCAGCUAUACAAUAUUUAUUGUAUCAUGUAGUUCACAUUACAUAACAAAUGGGAAUUUUUUCGCAUGUUGGUUCUUGGUUAUAUAUUGUAUCAUGUAGUUCUGUUGAAUCAUAUCUUCGGCAUCAUCAAAGCAAUUGAAUGCAACAACAUUCCAUUAAACCAAUACCAUUAAGUCAAAGCAAAUAAGUGCAGGUGAAUUUUUCUUCUUACCUCAGCCAUGCCAAUCCAUAAUACAGGUACCUCUUUAGCCUGUGCUGCAGCCACAUCCUUUAUCUGGUUCUCCAAUUUUUGCUGCACAGCUGGAGAGAGAUCACUUUAGUUUCUGACGUUUCUAUCCUUUUGGGAGGAGAAAUAGAUCAAGUGAUUAAAGAUGGCUUUUUUAAGGUGAAAUGAGUUGAAGCUUGCAAGUACUUUGGAUGAAAUACAAUAAUAAGCACAUGUCAUAACCUCCAAAAUGAUAAAUAACUACAACUCAACAUAUUAUUAACUCCAAAGCAUCAGAAGGGGGAAAAGUAUACAAACUUUGCUUCUCAGAUACAAGAAUAUUGCUGCUUUUCCAAUAUCCCAACUAUCAUAACUAAGGAAAUUGCUUUAUAUACCAUGUGGAGGAUUUCACCAUUGUUUAAUUGGUUUUCUUGGAGUCUCUGAUGUGUUUAUAAUUAAUUUUUUAUCAAUAAGUUUUUGAUUUUUAUGAUUUACUGAUACUGGAUUUUGUUUCUCCUAGCUUGGUAUUUAAAUUUUCUGCUGUUGGUGAAAACAUUGGUGUAGCAGAAAAUAAUUGAUGCAGCAACUGUUAGGUGCAUGAUGGAGAUUUGGAUGCAAUGGGCAAUGUCGGUUGCACCACAAGAUGAAGGAGAGGCAGCGUUGGACUGCUGAGGAAGACUCGAUUCUAAGUGCAUAUGUUAAGCAAUUCGGUCCAAGAGAAUGGCAUCUUGUUUCGCGGCGAAUAAACACACACCUUGAUAGAGAUGCUAAGUCUUGUUUAGAGAGGUGGAAGAAUUACCUUAAACUUGGCAUUAAGAAAGGCUCACUUACUGCAGAAGAGCAGCGUCUUUUAAUCCGUCUGCAAGCUAAGCACGGCAAUAAAUGGAAGAAGAUCGCUGCUGAGGUGCCUGGUCGUACUGCUAAAAGGCUAGGCAAGUGGUGGGAGGUGUACAAGGAGAAACAACAAAGGGCUAACAAAGAGACUGCUAAGUGCUUAGAGCCUAUCGACGAGGGAAAAUACGAUCAUAUUUUGGAAACUUCUGCUGAGAAGUUGGUGAAAGAACGAGUGCCUAUGCCAGCCUCUAAUGGAGACUUCUUACAGGGCGGUGAUCAUCCUCUUCCGUUGGUGACUGCUCCGGCUGCUGUUCCUUCGACUACAAUGAUGCUCCCUCCUUGGCUUUCGAAUUCUAAUGCUGGAAGGCCGCCUGGUUCCCCACCAAUUUCAAAAUUCUGCAGUGCUCUCUGUGCAACCAACAGAAACACAAAUCAGGCAGCAACUGUAGCUACACAACACCCCACACAAGAACACCAUUCAGCAAAUCAAACAGCAGCAAAGUCCAGCAGCACCAGCAAACUUUUUUUCAGAGAGUAAAAGAUACGGGUUUAUAGACUACAGACUACAAACGGUGAGCAAGCUUUUAAAAUUCUUCCCCGCCAAAGCAACAAAUGAUACAACGAAAGCAAUAUAAUUAGGCAAUUAACUAUCACAUUUUUUUCAGAGAGUAAAAGAUACGGGUUUAUAGACUACAGACGCUGACUUGCUACCUACCAUAAAACUCGGGUUUAGUAUAUCUCAUUUACCUGCUCGAAAUGCCUCCUUAGUUCUACCAUAAUACUCCGGUUUGGUUCCAUGGAAUGUGAUGAAACUCCAAAUUCUUAAUUCAUCAAUGCAUAUAACACCACGAUCAGCAAGAGCCAUUGCACCAGCUUCAAGCCUUCGUUCUCCUGAUCACAGCAAAUCCCUUGACUGAGAAAUCGAAUCAAAAAAAGGUUCCAAUAGUGAGAAAAUUGCAAGAGAGCUCACCUGCUUCCUCGUCAGAAUGUUAAAUUUUUAUAAUCAAGGAUAAAUAAAAAAAAACAACAAUAAGAUUGAGUACACUUGACCCCAAAAAGAUGAUAUCGACUUUAUGACUUUAUGGUAUUGGGAUAAUGAAAUAUUGUCGUAAUUGAUUAUCUUCACAAUUUUGGUGACUUCCCCUCAUGUUCGGCUGCAUUUGGUCUGAAUAGUAGCAAGACCAAGUGGUGGUGGGUUCACUUGUGUGGGGAGAUGAGUGAGCUUGAUGGUGGUGGUAAGGUAGAGUGAAGGUGGAAGGUGGUUAAGAGAGCUAUUGAGCCAGGGCGGUGAUCAGAGUGUAAAAACAAGGUAGCACCGCAUCGCAUCGACCGCAUUGUAAAACUUAUAUAUAUAGGGUCAAGUUCCAGUGAGAACCAAGCUUAUAUGAGAACCGUGAGAACCAAUCUCCUUGAUAAAAAUGUGUUACUUUUUUACUGAA